AUAUGACAAGGAGCUCACAAGGUUAUUCUGACAUCCGUCCUUCACUGAAACCCGUUUCCGGUUCCGUUCUGCAAGAAGUGGCCCUGCUACGGAGGCUGUGACUGCAGGUAUGGGUCAUGGACCUGAACACCACGGACAUGGACAUGGGAAGCUCCACAUACCAGAUUACAGGAUAUGGAAAAUAGAGGGAACACCCCUGGAAGACGUACAGGCCAGGCUUGCGAGAAGGGGUCUGAAGGAUCCAUGGUUAAGGAAUGAAGCCUGGAGAUACUCGGGAGCCUUUUCUAAACCUGUCACCCUAAACCAAGUUCUCUUCAAAGGUUUUAAAUGGGGCUUUGUUGCCUUUGUUGUUGCACUUGGAGUGGAGUACACCCUUUUUCCACCUAAGAAAACCAGUGGACACCAUUAAAAUAUGUAUAAAGUCUGUUAAACAAAAGGAACUUUAAUAAAAUGAUCUGCCCUACUUUA